CCUCUUCUCUCGCUCGCCCCUUCUCCGGUGUCACCCCCCCGGACAGGCUGAGGGCACUGCACUCGGCGUCACCCUCCGAGGCAGACGGACGGCAGGACAGGCCGACAGCUGGCUACCAUGGAGGCUCUGUCCAUUCAACCCCUGGAGGAGGAUAGGUUGUCUUUCGGAAGACGGGAAGAAGAGGUCAGGAUGGAGGCCUUCCCCCCUUGGGGCUCCACUACCGAUGAGGAAGAACCCGAGUGGGAAGCAACUUCCACAGUCCGGAGGAAGGUUUCCUUCGCCGACGCCUUCGGGCUCAACCUGGUGUCCGUCAAGGAGUACGACGACGUCCACGCCGGUGAGGACGCGGAAGGAAAGUCGCCGCCGCAAGAGGAGUUCUACCUCUCGUGUCUUUUUACGGCGCCCUCAUCUGAGGAGGAACUGGUGCGGCGGUUGGAGGAGCAGAUGGUGGAGCUGGAGAGGGUGGAGCUCCUCCCGGGAACUACAAAUCUCCGAGGAUACGUGCGGGUUCUUAACCUCUGCUUCAGUAAGUCCGUCUACGCCCGCAUCACCCUGGACGGCUGGAAGAGCCACUUUGACCUGCCGGCCGACUACGUACCCGGAUCGAGUGAUCGGAAAACAGAUCGCUUCACUUUCCAGUACACGGUGGCUCUUCCGUUGGAGAAAGAGGGGACUCGGGUCGAGUUCUGCCUGUGCUACGAGACCUCGGCCGGCACUUUUUGGGCGAACAACCAGGAGAUGAACUACGUCAUGUUCUGCCACCUGAAGAGUCCUGCCAAGAAACAAGUGCAAGAGGAACUGAAGAUGAAGAGGAGUUGCCUCAAAGCCAACAGGAGGGCGAGCACACAGGAAAAAGAAUUUACGGACAUGCUGACACUUGCCGCAGAGGCCGAGGACCCGCGUGACGCGGUGGAGAUGAGAGCGGAGGGUCCGUCGUUAUUCUUGCCCGCUGAACGCAAACCUUUGGUGGCGAGCCUAAAAAGCCGACAGCGAGCGGGGCGCUUGGCGCACGUGAAAGACAUUUUGUCCCAGAGGUGGCGUGACCCCGCUAACACCCUUCAACCCUCGGGGGAUUUUUUGCUUGAACGCCGAAGGAAACAAGUCCUCACCUAUCACCAAAUUCCUCUGAUUACACUAGACUGGGACAAUGAGAAGCAGAAGCAGCGGGUGAGCUCCAACAUGGAGCGGAAUAUCUGGACCAGGAGAGCCAAGGUGGAAACCGCAAAAGCUGCGGUGUCUGUCAAUAAUAUUUGGGGAACCUUUCUUAACGAGAAAAGUCCGAGCCCGGAUCACGAAAGCCCCGUGUGCGACGUGUGGCAGGCGUUUAUUCACGGGCCUCGCAACUGCGGAGUUUCCGAGUCGGAAUGGCUGCAGACCGCCGCUUCGGUUCCCCCCGCGAGCGAGAACCAGAACGUACCUCGGAAUGCAGAGCCGACCACCUCCUCACAUGCUCCCCCGGAUCACGUUUCCUUAAACUCCGAGGACCGCCAGACACCCGGCGUUGUCGGCGGCGCUGAAAACAUAACCGCGCUCGGGUCUCCCGUGCUCGUGUCUUGUGACUCUGUUGACAUUUUAAGUAAGUGUCACAAGCAUGAAGAAGCCUGGUUAAAAGGGGGACUACACGAAACCGAGCAGCUCGCAGCUGCCGUAGAAACAAGCCAGAGAGAGUCGACGACAACAGACACGACAGCAAAGACUCGGGAUGGUGAUGACAUCUCACGGCGAGGAAGCCAAGAAUGGGAAGAACCACACAAUGCGAUAGAUGACAUGGUGGCAUCUUGGGAUGCUUCGGACGGACUCGCAAAGAACUGUAAUCGUGCUGUCACGUUUACAGAAGAGCCUCAGAAAAAUCAAUCGUCCGAAAGCUACGGAAUAAAACCCGCCAAUGCAAAUCACAUAGGAGACGUUCAACCCAAGACUGAAGGGGCGACAUCAUGUAAGAACCUUGAGAACAUCCAUCGGGAAAAAAAUGUUUUUUGCGCUCUCGAGGUGAAAAAUGAGGAAUCGGACACAUCGGGUGACCGUGUCGGCAUCUCCAAAAAUGGUGCAACCUUGGUCAUAGAACCGACGACAACAAACGUCCACGACGAUGUUUUGGAUCCAGAUGAAAGUCACGCAACGAAACGAGGCACUGAGAGAGUCCAAACCAAGCAAAGUCAUGUGGACACUCGUGAAUCAGAACCUGAGUGCAGACAAAUUGGAGAUGACUCAGUCAGGAGGGUCCAUGGUCCUUCCCGAAGAAACACAAAGGUUGAUCAGGAUCCGCCGGGAAGUAACCCCACAGAAGAAAGCCAAAGUCCCUCCAGGGGGUCCGGCGGUUUCAUGUGGUGGAGCGUCUUGUACAUCCUGAGUCACAUCAGCAGAAUGCUCACCUGCAGCCUGCCGGUGGCCGGGUUCUUCGUUGUCGUCGUUCUCUACGAAUUCCCGGCGUUUUUUCUGCUCUACAUGUUUUCUAUGGCCUGGUGGUUUUACAAGUGGAGGGGCCCUCAGGGGGCAACAAACAAAGUCAGUUAGGUCCGAAUAAUGGAUAAGAUACGGCGUGCGAGUGUGAAACGACACGAUAGUCAUGUUCCUAAUUUUUUGCACUGUAGUGUACGAAGGAAGGACGAGGGAGUAAGUGUGAUAACACGUUUGCGUCUGUGAUUUUUAUAUUUGUAUUUUUUUUUGCCUUUCCUACUUUUUCCGAGUAGUGCCGUGGUUGUCUGGCUUUCUUGAAUAAACUCAACGACUGCUCACAACA